CCUUCCUCCCCAAUCCAACGGGAAAAGCUCCGCCUUUGCAAGCGAGCGACCUGGUUGUAUCGUGUAGAUCAGAGAGGAGGAAGAAGAUGAGGGAGAUCAUAAGCAUUCACAUCGGGCAGGCUGGGAUCCAGGUCGGCAACGCUUGCUGGGAACUCUACUGCCUCGAACACGGCAUCAAGCCCGAUGGCAUCAUGCCCAGUGAUACUUCGGUGGGAGUUGCACAAGAUGCUUUCAACACCUUCUUCAGUGAGACCAGUGCCGGCAAGCAUGUCCCAAGGGCCAUCUUUGUGGAUCUCGAGCCCACUGUCAUAGAUGAAGUGAGAAUCGGCGCCUACCGUCAGCUCUUCCACCCGGAGCAGCUAAUCUCCGGGAAGGAGGAUGCAGCAAACAACUUUGCUCGUGGUCACUACACGGUUGGCAAGGAGAUUGUUGAUCUUUGUCUCGAUCGAGUUAGGAAACUAGCAGACAACUGCACCGGCCUGCAAGGUUUCUUGGUUUUUAAUGCUGUUGGUGGUGGCACUGGAUCUGGGCUGGGUUCCUUGCUCCUAGAACGUUUGUCUGUGGAUUAUGGGAAGAAGUCAAAGCUUGGCUUCACUAUAUAUCCUUCUCCUCAGGUUUCUACUGCAGUUGUGGAGCCAUACAAUAGUGUUCUUUCCACUCAUUCAUUGCUGGAGCACACAGAUGUUGCAGUUCUUUUGGACAAUGAGGCCAUUUACGAUAUUUGUAGGCGGUCUCUCGACAUUGAAAGGCCCACUUAUACCAACCUGAACCGGUUGAUAUCUCAGAUCAUAUCGUCUUUAACCACAUCCCUGAGGUUUGAUGGAGCUAUCAACGUGGAUAUUACGGAGUUCCAGACCAACCUUGUGCCGUAUCCUAGAAUCCAUUUCAUGCUCUCCUCAUAUGCACCUGUUAUUUCUGCUGAGAAAGCUUACCACGAACAACUCUCUGUCCCUGAAAUCACAAAUGCAGUAUUUGAGCCAUCAAGCAUGAUGGCAAAAUGUGACCCAAGGCAUGGGAAAUACAUGGCUUGUUGUCUGAUGUACCGAGGUGAUGUCGUACCCAAGGAUGUCAAUGCUGCUGUCGCUACUAUUAAAACCAAGAGAACUGUGCAGUUUGUCGACUGGUGCCCUACUGGUUUCAAGUGCGGUAUAAACUACCAGCCGCCAUCUGUCGUCCCCGGAGGUGACUUGGCCAAGGUGCAGCGUGCAGUAUGCAUGAUCAGCAACAACACUGCUGUCGCAGAGGUAUUCAGUCGGAUUGAUCUUAAGUUCGACCUAAUGUAUGCAAAGCGGGCUUUCGUGCACUGGUACGUUGGUGAAGGGAUGGAAGAAGGCGAGUUCUCAGAGGCUCGCGAGGACCUGGCUGCCCUUGAGAAGGACUACGAGGAGGUUGGAGCUGAGGGACCAGAGGACGAAGAGCCUGAAGACUACUAAAUAUAACUGUUUGUGGUUGUUGUUGCUUCGUGGUGUUUUGAUGUUAUGCAUUGUUGCCUAUCUCCUAGCUAUGUUCUGUGUCGGGAUUGCCUGUCUUCUCUUUACUCUAUUCAGUGGCUCAGCUAUGGAAUUUGAAUUAUGAAUGUUGUUACUAUUACUAUUUUGUAACUAUGUGAGAUUUGUAUA